CUCAGUGGCGCGUCAGAGUCUCAAGGGGUCUCUUCCUUCGGACAUCUCCAAGCUCACCGCGCUCAAUUACCUGGAUUUCGGUUACAACCUUCUUCAAGGCAGUCUUGCAGCGUUUGCCACAAGAAUUAAGGACAUGACCACUCUAAAGGCGCU